CAAUGUAAACAGGUGUCUCAAUUCACGAAAUCAAAAAAUACUUUCGCCAGUUUAAUGUUCUGGUCAGGCCGCAACAUUAGCGCGCCGAUUAUUGGUAUGCCGAACCCGCGCGUUACAUAAGAUGAAAGGUUACGCCCAGCGACGUUAGCUGUCAGCGAAGAGUUAUUUCCUUAAACUAAGCAAUAUUUGUACCUGCGGUCACCGAAAAUCCAGUUAUUACAUCGACUGCUUGAUAUGCCUCGGUACCAAAAUGUUGUCGACGAAAGUAAUCCUGCUGACUAUAUCGUGUUGCACCUGUUUAGUUACAGAAAGCACUACCGACCGCGUACCACAUGUACGCAGCUUGUCAGCAUCUCAAGAACUUACUGAAAGUUUGCAUAGAUUAUUAAGAGAUUUUGACUCGUCUGCGGAGAGUAACGCCACCAGUCCAUCUGUUCACGCCGCCGAAGGCGACAUACAUCCAGACAAGGAAACGGGAUGGUGGAAUGGACCACACGUCUGUCUUAGCCGGACCGCCACAGUGUCCGACGCUCCCAGCAAUGAUUCUGUUAACAUUGACGGUGGUUUACUAAAAGGCCGACUGGAUCGAAGCGUCUUUACAGUCUGUCGAGAAGACAAGACGAUACGGAUCUGCCGGACCGUAAAAUCUGUGAAUGCCACGGCCACCGAAAAUGUCUUGAUUACCUAUGCUUGCUGUGCAGGCUUUGCCUUGCACAAUCACACGUGUUCCUCUGACAAUAAGGAAAACAGCUCUACUAGCGAUAAUGAAUCCACACCACACGCUGUAGUACCACCGGAAACCGAAAGAGCAGACAGCAUUAAAAGUAGUUUGAGCGACGAAAAGCAGUUUUCCAGUUAUUUUCAGCAGAUGCUGAAAGAUUCAGCGAAAUCACAAGCUCUGUUUCUAAAAGCUCUUGAUACUGAUCAACCACAGUCGGUGGAAGACGCGGAAGAUGAUGACGCCCAAAGCGCAUUCCAAAGAAUGGCUCCGAAGGAGGUUGUGGACCGAUCAAAGGUCACCGAAUCGGCAUCCAGUACUGUGAAGCCAAUAUUUGUGACUACGCUGGCUCCUAAUACCAGCAGCAUAUCUCAACGAAAUGCACAUGAAAAAUUACAAUUUUCUAUUUAUUCAUCAUGAUAAAUACUGAGCACGUUAUCAAAAUUCGUUUGAGACACAAAAGUACAGUAACUUCAUAAAAACGCUAACAAUCGGACGGCAGAAAGGAAGCACCGGGAACAUCAAGGGACAGAAAUAAAUAAAAACUAAACAUAAAUAUCUAAGCAGCGCAUGCUAUCAC